UUCUGAUCUUCCCUCGUGGAUAGUUAGACAAGAGAUAGAGGGAAGAAACAUGGCUUUAAGAUGGUUUCUUCAUUCAGCAUGUCAUGUAUUGGGUUACCCAAAGGAACCUAAUAACUUGCAGUACUGCAACAAUAUGGCAAGCAAACAAAAUGGAGGACAUGGCAGCGGAGUCAUUCAGAGCUCAAAGGUCUCAAACUGUGACCAGACGUCCCAGACUACUACAGAAAUGCAUUUCUCAUCGGGGUUCCAGAUGCCCAUCCACUAUCCUCGCUACACAAAAGCAGAUUAUGAGAAGAUGGAGGAGUGGAAAGUGGACAUGCUUCUGAGAGAAUAUGGACUAAGUUUCAUGGGCAGCCUUGAUGAGAAGAGAGCAUAUGCAAUGGGGGCAUUCUUGUGGCCUCAUCAGUAUUGAUCGAUCUCACUCGUCAUGUCUUGAUUUGGCACUCGAUCGGUGUUUCAGGUUCAGCUCCAUCGAUAUAUAAUUAAUCAAGCUGCAAGAUCAGAUGCUUGCAGUAAUUAAUAGCUUUUAGCAUUAUAUCAAUAUAUAUUAACAUAUACAUACGUAUGUCUCUUGUUAUAAGGCAAUGGAUGGAGCCAAGGUUAUUUAAUGGAGUGCGUUGUAUUUUAAGAAUAAUAGAGAGUGAAAGAGAGAGAGCAUCCGUAGAAUUUAUGGUACCUCCACAUGUUAUCCAUAUAUCUAUAUCUAUAUCAUAUAUAUAUAUAUAUAUGUAUGUA